AUGAUCAAUCCAACAGCUUGGAAUUGGGGCAAUUACGCCGGUCUCUUCUGGGCAGGCUCUUGUUUCCUCGUCUCAUCUAUGUUUACUUCCGAGUGCCAGAGCCUUCGGGCAGGACUUUCGCUGAGGACUGCUCAAGUCAAUGCGUUUGAUCACGCUUUACAUCACCAAGCUGGCGAGGACAAGCCGGAGGAACAUAUGGACCAUGUCGAGCGAGCAUAA